AUCCCCCCUCUGUACACCUCCGCCGUCUCCACACCAUUCAUCUUGCUCGUUCCUCUCUCCAUUCCUGCUACUCCAUUUAACACCACACAUACACAUAUAUAUACAUAUAUAAUGGGAAAGGACCAGUUCUCACGAUCGGGCAACAAGGCGCCUCGCCAUGAUCCCCUCCACGUUCAGCUUAUGGGUGCCUCCGAGAACGACCCUCUGCCUCAGGGCAAGCAGCCCAGAGCCAAGGCUGCCAGAAACGAGCGCAAGAACAAGCCCGAUGCAAACUUUGUCGACGCCAAGCUGUCGAGAAAGAUUCUGUCGAUUGCACAGGAGCAGCAGGACGAGAUCAGACGGGAACAGCGUGGAGGUCUUUCCUCAGACGACGAGGACGAGGAGGAGAACACAUUCGGCAAGAAGGCCACAUCAGGAGGACCCAACAAGAGUUUCAUCCCCACGAUCGGCGACAGCGACGAGGAGGAUUCCGAUGUGGAGGACGCUGAUGACUUUGGAACGUUUGACGAGAUCGAGAUUGACCAGCGCGAUGCCGAGCUCUUGGCCAAGUUCAUGCCUGCAGCACCUAGGGAGAAGAAGACACUUGCGGAUUUGAUCAUGGAAAAAAUCAACGCCCAGAAUGCAGCCAACGCCGCCGCGGCUGCUGCUGCAUCUGGCGCGGGCGAUGUGGUCGUUCCAGGAUCGGAAAAGAAGAAGGGACCCCUGGAUUCAGCUAUGGAUUAUGCGGACGAUGAUGAAACGGGAGCGGACCGACCGAUGCCCAUGGGAUUGAGCCCCAAGGUCGUGGAGGUCUAUUCCAAGGUCGGGUUGUUGUUAUCCCGUUACAAGUCUGGAAAGUUGCCCAAGGCCUUCAAGAUCAUCCCGUCACUGCAGAACUGGGAGGAGAUUCUUUAUAUUACCGCACCGGAGAACUGGACGGUUCAUGCGACAUAUCAGGCAACGAGGAUCUUCACCUCGAACUUGAAGGAGAAACAGGCCCACAAGUUUUUCAGCCUGGUGUUGCUGGACAAAAUCCGGGAUGAUAUCGCCGAGAGCAAGAAGUUGAACUAUCAUCUGUAUAUGGCGCUUAAGAAGUCGUUGUACAAGAGCAAGGCCUUUUUCAAGGGCAUCUUGUUCCCGCUCUGCGAGUCCGGUACCUGCACACUGAAGGAGGCCGCGAUCGUCGGAUCUGUCAUCACCAAAGUUAGUAUACCUGUCUUGCACUCUGCUGCCGCCCUCUUGCGGCUGGCUGACAUGGAGUACACUGGACCCAACUCUCUCUUCAUCCGCGUAUUACUCGACAAGAAGUACGCUCUGCCCUACAAGGUCAUUGACGCACUAGUCGAUCACUUUUUGCGGUUCAAGAUGGAUCCACGGCCAAUGCCUGUGCUCUGGCACCAGGCUUUCUUGAUCUUUGCUCAACGCUACAAGUCCGAUAUCACACCCGACCAGAAGCAGGCCCUGAUCGACCUCUUGCGCUUCAAGUCCCACGAAGGCAUCUCACCCGAGAUCAGGAGGGAACUCGUUAACAGCGUCGCCCGUGGAGAAAUGUUGCCAGAGCCCACGGACGAUGAUAUGUUGAUGGACAUCUAAAGAACGUCUUUCUUUUUUUUUGUCAGUCAUAUUAUCGCGCGCGCACACAUCCCUACAUUCCUUCUUCAUCAUCUUCAUCUAAAUCGGCAUUUUUUUCAGUUCUUUUUUUUUUCAUUUAUCGAAGCACUCAUAAAAAAAAACAAGUAAUAACAUAACAUAGCAUCGUUG